ACACGUGUCAUCCUUUCACUUCCUUCCUUCUAUAAAUACGCAAAACCCCUCCCCUUAACAAACCCUCUUUUCCCUAACCCUAAUCGUCGGGUUUUGCCCUCAACCAAUUCAUCAGCAAGAGAAACACUAGAUCCACAGAUCUGUCCCCUCCUUUUCUAUCUAAGGAUGGUUUCCGACGCCAGCAAAAAGAAGGCCGCACAGAAGAAGGCGGCGGCGGCGGCUAAGAGGGGUGGAAAGGCAGCUGCCGCAGCUGCAUCGUCCAAAGCUACUGCUGCUGCUGCUGCUGCUGCUUCGGCUGAUAAUGGAAGUGUUGACAAUUUGUCGAAUGGGGUUGGCGCUAUUCAGAUAUCGGAUCGGACUUGUACCGGCGUCCUAUGUUCUCAUCCUCUUUCCAGAGAUAUUCGCAUUGAGUCUUUAUCAGUUACUUUCCAUGGACAUGAUCUCAUUGUCGAUUCUCUGCUUGAGCUUAACUAUGGCAGACGAUAUGGAUUGCUGGGAUUAAAUGGAUGUGGGAAAUCAACACUCUUAACUGCAAUAGGUUGCCGUGAGCUUCCAAUUCCAGAACACAUGGAUAUAUAUCACCUCACCAGAGAAAUUGAAGCUUCUGACAUGUCUGCACUUCAGGCUGUCAUUAGCUGUGAUGAGGAGAGGGUGAAAUUGGAGAAGGAAGCUGAAAUCUUAGGUACACAGGAGGAUGGAGGUGGAGAGACUCUUGAACGUAUAUAUGAACGUUUGGAGGCUAUAGAUGCAUCUACAGCUGAAAAACGUGCUGCUGAGAUAUUGUAUGGUCUGGGUUUCAACAAGCAGAUGCAGUCAAAGAAAACCCGGGAUUUUUCUGGUGGCUGGAGGAUGAGGAUUGCAUUAGCUCGGGCUCUGUUCAUGAACCCUACAAUCCUUUUGCUUGAUGAACCUACCAAUCAUCUUGAUUUAGAAGCCUGUGUCUGGUUGGAGGAAACUUUGAAGAGAUUUGAUCGCAUUCUAGUUGUGGUGUCUCACUCCCAGGAUUUCUUGAAUGGUGUCUGCACAAAUAUUAUACACAUGCAAAACAAGAAAUUGAAGAUCUACACUGGGAACUAUGAUCAAUAUGUUCAGACACGUGCUGAACUGGAGGAGAAUCAGAUGAAACAGUACAAGUGGGAGCAGGAGCAGAUUGCUUCAAUGAAGGAGUACAUUGCCAGAUUUGGGCACGGUUCAGCAAAAUUAGCCCGUCAAGCACAGAGCAAGGAGAAAACCCUUGCAAAAAUGGAGCGGGGUGGGCUUACUGAGAAGGUUGUCAGAGACAAGGUUCUGGUCUUUCGUUUUGUUGAUGUUGGGAAGCUGCCACCUCCUGUGCUUCAGUUUGUGGAAGUUACAUUUGGCUAUACUCCUGAUAAUCUCAUCUACAAGAACCUUGACUUUGGAGUAGAUCUGGACUCUAGGAUUGCUCUAGUUGGGCCCAAUGGUGCUGGGAAGAGCACACUAUUGAAGCUUAUGACUGGAGAUUUGGUCCCUACUGAUGGCAUGGUUCGGCGGCACAAUCACUUGAGGAUUGCACAAUUUCAUCAGCAUUUGGCUGAGAAACUUGACUUAGAUAUGUCCGCCUUACAAUUUAUGAUAAAAGAAUAUCCAGGGAACGAGGAAGAAAGAAUGAGAGCAGCAAUUGGGAAAUUUGGGUUGACUGGCAAAGCCCAGGUGAUGCCAAUGAAGAAUUUGUCAGAUGGGCAGAGGAGCAGAGUGAUUUUUGCUUGGUUAGCUUAUAGGCAGCCCCACUUGCUGCUGUUGGAUGAGCCAACAAAUCAUUUGGAUAUUGAGACUAUCGACUCUCUGGCCGAGGCAUUAAAUGAAUGGGAUGGUGGUCUGGUUCUCGUUAGCCAUGAUUUCAGGCUUAUAAACCAGGUGGCAGAGGAGAUAUGGGUGUGUGAAAAUCAAGCUGUCACGCGAUGGGAGGGCGAUAUAAUGGACUUCAAGGAGCACCUCAAGAAGAAGGCCGGCUUAUCUGAUUGAGUCAGAUGAUAUGAUGGAUGUGAUGAUUAUUAUCCUAUUAUCAGCGUACCUUUAUCUAUGGUUGAGAAUCACAGCACACGGCUACUUACACUUGUGAAUCACAACACAGGCAGGUGAUUCCUGUGGCUGGAAGAUGCUUACCUAGGGUUGAAUUAUAAUGAAAGCCAAGAGCAGAGAUGGGUGACAGAGGCUUCAUUAUUGUUUUGAGCUGAAAAGCACACUGUACUCUGCUCAUUCACUAGGUGAUUAUUUUUGUUUUCAUUAUUCUUAUUUAGUAUACUUGGUUAUGCACCAAGGAGAUUGAUCAACAAAAUUUGCGGAGGUUUAGUUCAUUACUAAUAUGAACCUCAUUAUAGCUAUUAUGAAUGUCCCUGGAUAUGUUGUAUUUGACAACUUAGUCAUGACCUAAAUUUGAUAUAUUACGUUUGCGUCUGA